AUGGCGGCGCUGAGCGGCGGCGGCGGCGGCGGCGGCGGCGGCGGCGGCGCGGAGCAGGGCCAGGCUCUGUUCAACGGGGACAUGGAGCCCGAGGCCGGCGCCGCGGCCUCUUCGACUGCGGACCCCGCCAUUCCUGAGGAGGUGUGGAAUAUCAAACAAAUGAUUAAGUUGACACAGGAGCAUAUAGAGGCCCUAUUGGACAAAUUUGGUGGGGAGCAUAAUCCACCAUCAAUAUAUCUGGAGGCCUAUGAAGAAUACACCAGCAAGCUAGAUGCCCUCCAACAAAGAGAACAACAGUUAUUGGAAUCCCUGGGGAAUGGAACUGAUUUUUCUGUUUCUAGCUCUGCAUCAACGGACACCGUUACAUCUUCUUCUUCUUCUAGCCUUUCAGUGCUGCCUUCAUCUCUUUCAGUUUUUCAAAAUCCCACAGAUGUGUCACGGAGCAACCCCAAGUCACCACAAAAACCUAUCGUUAGAGUCUUCCUGCCCAAUAAACAGAGGACAGUGGUACCUGCACGGUGUGGAGUCACAGUCCGGGACAGCCUGAAGAAGGCGCUGAUGAUGAGAGGUUUAAUCCCAGAGUGCUGUGCUGUUUACAGAAUUCAGGAUGGGGAGAAGAAACCAAUUGGCUGGGACACUGACAUUUCCUGGCUUACUGGAGAGGAAUUGCAUGUAGAAGUGUUGGAGAAUGUUCCACUUACAACACACAACUUUGUACGGAAAACUUUUUUCACCUUAGCAUUUUGUGACUUCUGUCGAAAGCUGCUUUUCCAGGGGUUCCGCUGUCAAACAUGUGGUUAUAAAUUUCACCAGCGUUGUAGUACAGAGGUUCCACUGAUGUGUGUUAAUUAUGACCAACUAGAUUUGCUGUUUGUCUCCAAGUUCUUUGAACACCACCCAAUACCACAGGAGGAGGCCUCCUUAGCAGAGACUACCCUUCCAUGUGGCUCAUCCCCUUCUGCACCCCACUCCGAUUCUAUUGGGCCCCCAAUUCUCACCAGUCCGUCUCCUUCAAAAUCCAUUCCAAUUCCACAGCCUUUCCGACCAGCAGAUGAAGAUCAUCGAAAUCAGUUUGGACAACGAGACCGGUCCUCAUCAGCUCCAAAUGUACAUAUAAACACAAUAGAACCCGUCAACAUUGAUGACUUGAUUAGAGACCAAGGGUUUCGUAGUGAUGGAGGAUCAACCACAGGUUUAUCUGCCACACCCCCUGCCUCAUUACCUGGCUCACUCUCUAAUGUGAAAGCAUUGCAGAAAUCUCCAGGACCUCAGCGAGAAAGAAAGUCCUCUUCAUCAUCAGAAGACAGGAAUCGAAUGAAAACGCUUGGUAGACGGGAUUCAAGUGACGAUUGGGAGAUUCCUGAUGGACAGAUCACAGUGGGGCAGAGAAUUGGAUCUGGGUCAUUUGGGACCGUCUACAAGGGGAAGUGGCAUGGUGAUGUGGCAGUGAAAAUGUUGAAUGUGACAGCACCCACACCUCAGCAGUUACAGGCCUUCAAAAAUGAAGUAGGAGUACUCAGGAAAACUCGACAUGUGAAUAUCCUCCUCUUCAUGGGUUAUUCAACAAAGCCACAACUGGCUAUUGUUACCCAGUGGUGUGAGGGCUCCAGUUUAUAUCAUCAUCUCCACAUCAUUGAGACCAAAUUCGAGAUGAUCAAACUUAUAGAUAUUGCACGGCAAACUGCACAGGGCAUGGAUUACUUACACGCCAAGUCAAUCAUCCACAGAGACCUCAAGAGUAAUAAUAUUUUUCUUCAUGAAGACCUCACAGUAAAAAUAGGUGAUUUUGGUCUAGCCACAGUGAAAUCUCGAUGGAGUGGGUCCCAUCAGUUUGAACAGUUGUCUGGAUCCAUUUUGUGGAUGGCACCAGAAGUAAUCAGAAUGCAAGAUAAAAACCCAUAUAGCUUUCAGUCAGAUGUAUAUGCAUUUGGGAUUGUUCUGUAUGAAUUGAUGACUGGACAGUUACCUUAUUCAAAUAUCAACAACAGGGACCAGAUAAUUUUUAUGGUGGGACGAGGAUAUCUGUCUCCAGAUCUCAGUAAGGUACGGAGUAACUGUCCAAAAGCCAUGAAGAGAUUAAUGGCAGAGUGCCUAAAAAAGAAAAGAGAUGAAAGACCACUCUUUCCCCAAAUUCUCGCCUCUAUUGAGCUUCUGGCCCGCUCAUUGCCAAAAAUUCACCGCAGUGCAUCAGAACCCUCCUUGAAUCGGGCUGGCUUCCAAACAGAGGAUUUUAGUCUAUAUGCUUGUGCUUCUCCAAAAACACCCAUUCAGGCAGGGGGAUAUGGAGAAUUUGCAGCCUUCAAGUAGCCACACCAUCAUGACAGCAUCUACUCUUAUUUCUUAAGUCUUGUGUUCGUACAAUUUGUUAACAUCAAAACACAGUUCUGUUCCUCAACUCUUUUUAAAGAUAAAAGUUUUCAGUGCAUAAGCUGGUAUGGAACAGAAGGAAAUUUCCCAUCCAACAAGAGAGGGAAGAAUGUUUUAGGAACCAGAAUUCUCUGCUGCCAGUGCUUCUUCUUCACCACAAAUACCACGUGUAUACAAGUCUGCCCACUCCCAGGAAGAAAGAGGAGAGACCCUGAGUUCUGACCUUUUGAUGGUCAGGCAUGAUGGAAAGAAACCGCUGCUACAGCUUGGGAGAUUUGCUCUGGGAAGUCUGCCAGUCAACUUUGCCCUUCUAACCACCAGAUCAGUAUGUGGCUGAUCGUCUGAUGGGGCAGUCGCAAUCACCAAGCCUCGUUCUCUUUCCUGUUCUGGGAUUGUGUUGUGGAACCCUUUCCCCUGGCCACCACCGGUUCAUUUCUGAGGGAUGGAACAAAAAUGCAGCAUGCCCUUCCUGUGUGGUGCAUGUUCAGUCCUUGACAAAUUUUUACCAAAAUGAAGCUACUUUAUUUAAAAGGAGGGUGAGAGGUGAGGAGGUCGGUUUGGGUGUGGAGGAAAGGGAAUGCUGCAUCUUUUUCCUGGGCUGCUGGGGCUCUGGCCUUGGCUUCCUUGCUCACGCGGCUCCCUGCCUGGCGGGCCGGCUGGAAGCGGCGCGCGUUGCCUUCUUUUCCCAUUGGGUCCAGCAAUGAAGACAAGUGUUUGGGGAUUUUUUUUUCUCCACCAUGUAGCAAGUUCUCAGGAAAAUACAAUUGCUAUCUUCCUCCUAAGCUCUUCCAGUCAGUCACCAAGUACUUAAGUGGCUACUUUGUCCAGGGCACAAAAUGCCUGUAUCUAAUUAAAAGCCUACAAAACUGCUUGAUAACAGUUUUGAAUGUGAGACAUUUAUGUAAUUUAAAUGUAAGGUACAAGUUUUAAUUUCUGAGUUUCUUCUAUUAUAUUUUUAUUAAAAAAAUAAUUUUCAGAUUGAAUUGGAAUAAAAUAAUAUUACUUCCCACUAGAAUUAUAUAUCCUGGAAAAUUGUAUUUUUGUUACAUAAGCAGCUUUUAAAGAAAGAUCAUUACCCUUUUCUCUACCUAAAUAUAUGGGGAGUCUUAGCUUAAUGACAAAUAUUUAUAAUUUUUAAAUUAAUGGUACUUGCUGGAUCCACACUAACAUCUUUACUAAAUAUCUCAUUGUUUCUUCCAACUUACUUCUACACUACAUCCUACAUCUUCUUAGUCUUUUAUCUAGAAUAUGCAACCUCAAAUAAAAAUGGUGGUAUCUUCAUUCAUUCUCCUCCUUCCUUUUUUCCCAAGCCUGAUCUUCAAAAGGUUGGUUAAUUUGGCAGCUGAGUUCCCCAGGCAGAGAAUAGAGCAGUUUUAGGUGUAUUGGGACUGAGGGAGGAUAUGUAAAGAUUAACAUCAGUAAAGAACUGCUGUGGAAUAAUUAAGAACCUUCUUCUUUAUCUUUAUAAAUGGAGAAUAUAACCUAAUCAUAACCUCCCUCAGCCUUUACUAAAGUGUGGCAUAAAUCACAGUAGUAGCAAAGAAACAGACUUUGGAUGUGUUCCUGGUCAAUACCUCCCUUACCAUGAAUAUAGACUCUCUUAUCAUGAUUUAGGAAUGUAAAUCAAAUCAAAUGUACCCAGCCCAGCCAAGCUAUGUAGUAAAGGACCUGAACAAUAUUAGGCAGAACUUACAAAUCAGGGAAUUAGAAAUUAUUUGAAGUUUUCAGACUGUAAAUUGCCCUGCUGUCUUUCAGCCUACUAAAGCUUACUGCUGUUACAUUAUUUUUGCUACAAUACCUACAUUCAGAGGAGGGCCUACUGAAAAUUCCAUGGAUUUAUAAAAGAUUGUCCCAGUAAAGUGGAAAAUAAUCCUGAAGUUAUUAAUGAGUUUGAAAAACAAUGAGGUCUUAAGUCUUUGGUGAGUAGAGCAAGAUCCUACAAAUUUCAGAAAUUGUAAAAAUGAUUCAUGCUGAUUUAAAGAGCAUCUGUGUGCAUAAUACUGCCUCUCUUUUAAAAGCAGUGUCUAUUUUUCUUUGUAAAUUUGUCCCCAUAGAUGCUUUUGAACAUGAACAUGCUCGUGUUACCUUUUCCGUGGUUGGGAAGAGCCAGGAGCUCUCAGGCAGGGCCCCCUCCCUCAGCCGGGCAGAAACUGCCCAGGAGGAGCUGGUUAUGGAGGAAGCUUAGUGCUGGCAUUUUCACAAUUCAAGGUGAUAACGCUUUCUUCUUCCCUUUCUGUUUUAGAAUAGAUUGCUAUCUGAUUUGAAAAAGGGAAAUAGAUUUGAUCUCAAAUGAAUCUGUGCCCAGAAGCCAGGCUCAGGGUGUUGAGAGAUUUGUAUAGUGCCCUCAAAAAAUAACAAAAUUUUAGCUUUCCUUUUUUCUUCUUUUCUCCAUCAGAUUCUUUUUUCUCUAGUUUACAAAUGAGACGGAAAAGGAAUUUCCCCUGAGUUUUGUAUGCCUUUUUUUUUUUCUUGAUACUUAGACUACAGAUAGGCAUGUUGAGCUCCUAAGAAAAUACAAGGAGAAAAAAAAAAGAAAAUACAAGGAGGAACUCUUCGUUGUGCAGAGCACUUUAUGAGUAGUUUGUGUGGAUAGGAUGUGACUGCUUCCCUGACAAGCUUGUGAGGCUGUACUUAUGUCUUUCCUGUAAGGCGGCUGCAGUGCCUUCUGUAGUGUAUAUAAGGAAAGGUUAUGCCUUCUGAAAAAUCUCAGAGCAACCAUAAGAAGAUUAUUUUAAAAUACAUAGUAUUACUGAUGGACUUUUUCAUCUUUAAAUUAGUCUAGGAUCUAAACUUUUACCACUGAAAUAAUAUUGACCAAAAAGCAAUUUAUAAAAGGGAUUUGUGAAUAGAAAAUACAAUGUGAUCAUUUGUACUUAUGUGCACCUUAAAAGAGGAUUCUGUCUAGCUGUCAAAUUCUGGUUCCUUAACAUCCAGUCCUUGAUUGUGUUUGAGAUCUGGUAGGACAUGCUGGGGCACGCUAGCAGAUAAAAUCCCAUAUACUUUAGGAUAGAUGUUAUAUUUAUGUCAGUGUUGGCAAAGAGCAUUGUGUAGUAAUAAAGAAUUCAAGACUUCAGCACUGUCAACCUGAAACUUUGUAAAUAUUUCCUAGAUUGUCAUUUGAUGCGGUCACGGCUCUUUGUCACACAAUGUUAUCUUUUCCUCAUUGGGCAAUGUUAGAGCUGCUGCACGCCCCUCCUCAGAUCUCACCUGCCCCUCCUGUACAUUCACCUCUCCAGCCCUGUGCACACCUCAUUUAGUUUUAGUUUGAAACACAUUGCAGGGUUCAGGUGACCUCUUCAAAAACUACCUCCUCAGAAUGAGGUAAUGAAUAGUUAUUUAUUUUAAGAUAUGAAAAGUCAGGAGCUCUAGAACAUGAAGAUGAUCUAAGAUUUUAACUUUUAUGUAUACUUGUAUUUGAGCACUCUCCUUUUGUCCUAAAGGGCAUUAUACAUUUAAGCAGUAAUACUGAAAAAUGUAGCUCAGAGUAUCUGAAUGUUGUUGAAAGUGGUGCCAGAAUCUGUUUUAGGGGUACGUAUCAGAAUCUUAACCUUAAAUCGAUUGCAUGAAAUUAUAUAGUUAAUGGUAACACUUGACUAACAGAUAUAAUUUUAAUUUUCGGUAGGCUUUUAGCAAGACAGUACAUUUUCAUAAUGAGUUAGCCACAACUUCAUCACAUGCACAGAUUUUCCUAUUGAGAUACUGCCCAGUUAAGAGGGUAGAAUGAUGACCCAUUUUUCAAGAUUCUCUUCUUUGUCCAAACCGGCAUUGGGAGUACUAGAAUAUCAGCACUUUGAAACUAGUGAUUCCAACUAUUAGGCUAUUAACAAGCAAAACAAACCAAACAGACAAACCACAGCCAGACACAGGAAGUUUACUGUGAGUAUAAACAGCAAAUAGGUUACAAGUCACACAUUGAAAUGGUGUAGGUAAGGCGCUAGAAAAAUACCUUGACAAUUUGCCAAAUGAUCUUACUGUGCCUUCAUGAUGCAAUAAAAAAAAAAAAGCUAAAAUUUUAGCAGAAAUCAGUGAUUUGUGAAGAGAGCAGCCACCCUGGUCUAACUCAGCUGUGUUAAUAUUUUUUAGUGUGCAAUUUAGACUGCAAAGAUAAAUGCACUAAAGUGUUUAUAGCCAAAAUCACAUUUAAAAAAUGAGAGAAAACACAAGUAAAUUUUCAGUGAACAAAAUUAUUUUUUUAAAGCACAUAAUCCCUAGUGUAGUCAGAUAUAUUUAUCACAUAGAGCAAAUAGGUUGAAAUCACAAUUCAGUGACAUUUCUAGAGAAACUUUUUCUACUCCCAUAGGUUCUUCAAAGCAUGGAACUUUUAUAUAACAGAAAUGUGUGACGGACAUUUUAAAUUGCUGUAGUUUGGGGCUGAAGUACUGUGUGCUGGGCAGCAAUCGUAUGUAUUAACUAGUGAGAAGGGAGAAAUUAAGGUACAGGACAGAAUUUGAUUUUCUGGUUCCCAGAGUACUGCUGCCGACCUAGACACUGAGUUUCCAGAGACUGAAACAUAAACUUGCCGCUCAGGACUCAUUUGCAGAUUCAGUGGGACUGUCCUGCUUGUGCUGUUCAGAAAUGCUCUGAGGGCCAGGUGGGGGCUUCCAGGGGAUCCUCUCUGAGAGGACAGCAGACUAGCUAACGACCUGGUGGGCGGCUGUGAACUGGACACACUUCAUGGUGUGCUUCUUGUAUCUUGAUUCCUCGCCACCCUCAAGAAAGGCUUCAGCGAGUUCUCUAGACGUUUCCACCAAGGUGUGUUACUAACACCCAUAGGUUGUUGAGCACCCGAGGAGUGCAGUAGCAUCUCUGCAUGACUGUAUAUUGGCCCGAGGAGAAUAAAGUGGCCAAUGUACUCAUGUUCCAUGUUGCUAGCUCUGGUAAGAUUUUUGUUUCAUCAGUACACUAGAGAGUAAGCUUUGUUUUGUUGUUCUUAAUCAGUUUUCACUUCCAUUUGGAAAGACAUUUAAAUUGAGUUUCAGUCCUAAAUUUUGCCAGUUAUGGUAAUUAGCAGUUUCUAUCAGGUAUUUUUAAGGUAGAAGAGGAUAGAAACAUAAGUUCUAAAAUCUUAAGGUAACCGUGGUUUAUUUUAAAAUGCUUAGGGGUGGUUAGUCUCUACCUCAAAAAAAGUGAUUGAGUGAAUCUUUUAUUUCAGCUUUCACAAGUUCGGCUGUUGUUUUUGUAAUACUUUUUUUUUUUUUUUUACCUUUUGAACCCCUUUACCUAAGUGUCAGUGUAGUUUUAUUAAUUACUAAGUCAGUUUCAUUAAAAUGUUUAUUUAGCAGUUUUGACUAAUUGCAAUGAUAUAAUAUAGCCAGUUGUGCAUGAGGACACAGCCAGUGAGUAUAUCUGGGGUUUUUUUGUGAUGCUUUUUUCCUUAAGACUUCUGUAGAUUUAUGAAGUACUCAUUGAAAACAGCUAAAAUACGUUUAUUCAUGUUGGUAUGAAAAAAAAAAAGCUAUGUGCAGACCAUCUGCUGCUUCUGGCAGGCUGAGCACGUUGUCCAUCACCCACAGGUGUCUGGUUCUCAUCGCAGAAUCUAGGUAGGGAAUCGGGUGUGAAAUUCACUUAAGAGAUAGAGCAGAGGAAGUGUUCUGUUUACAGGAAUGGAGAUGCGAGUUAGGAGUAAGUUGCUUAGUCAGUUGGCUUUGUUUUGAAAAUUACUGUGUUACAUUUGUGUGUUAAGCCUUUUUAACCUACUUGUGUUUUGACAGUAUAUGUCACAUAGAAAGAAACCUCAGACUAGCAUAAGCAACAAAGCUCACAGACUAGGCACAAAUGUAGACAAAAUGGACCAAAAUGGGAGGGGGGAAGGUAUGGGAAUAAGUCUAGGGUAGGGAAAAAUUGAUGUGAGGGUGGGAUAUAAUAAACUGUAAUUACCUGAAAUAAAAUGUAAGAGUGCAAUAA